GGCGGGUGACGCGAUCAGGAGGCGCCGCCCGGGGGCAGAGGCCGGCGCGACGGGCGGGGGGAUGGAGGUGCUGCCGGGGCCGGAGGCUGCCGGGGGGCUCCCCAGGCGCGCGCGGGGGCUGCUGGAGCUGCCGUGGGAGGACGUGCUGGGGCCCCUCGUGCUGUCCCGCCUGCCGCUGCGGCAGCUGCUGAGCCUGCGGAGGGUGAGCCGCGCCUUCCGCGCCCUCGUCCGCCUCCACCUCGCCCGGCUACGACGCUUCGACGCCGAACAGGCUGGGCCUCACAUUCCCAAGUCGGCCUUCUGCGUCCUGCUGCAAGACAACGAAGCGCUGCAGCAGCUUGCCCUUCGAAACUGCUCUGCCUGGCUGUCGGACAUGGAGCUCCUCCCCGUGAUCAGCCAGAACCACCAUUUGCAGCACAUUGAGCUGAGUGGCUGCACCCAGCUGAGCCGGCAGACUUUGGUGGCCAUCUCCCUGAGCUGCCCCCAUUUACGCCAGCUCUCCCUGGCCCACUGUGAGUGGGUGGACAGUCUCUCCUUGCGCAGCCUGGCAGAUCACUGCAAAGAGCUGGAGUCCCUGGACCUCACGGCCUGCCGGCAAUUGAAGGACGACGCCAUCUGCUACCUUGUGCGGAGGUGCGCUAGACUGAAGUCUCUCUCGUUGGCUGUCAAUGCAAACGUGGGUGAUGCAGCUGUGGAAGAGAUUGCCAAAAGCUGUCCCCAACUGGAGCACCUGGACCUCACAGGCUGCCUGCGGGUCAAGAAUGACUCCAUCAGGACCCUGGCUGAAUACUGUCCCAAGCUGCGUGCCUUGAAGGUGAAGCACUGCAACGAUGUGGUGGAGUCCAGUCUGAGCGUCCUGCGCAGCCGUGGGGUGGAGCUGGACGUGGAACCUCCGCUGCAGCUGGCUGUGGUUCUUCUGCAGGGCAUGGUGGGCUACGCCCCAUUCAUCAACCUCCAGAUCUAGCAGACUGGACUGCUGCUAAGAAGGGGAAGGGCCGAAAGGUGUGGUGCCUGUCUUGGACUAGCAGUGUGUGUGUGUGUGUGCCCAUGACGGGCUCAGAAAAGCAGGCCUAUCUGCAUAUCAGCCAGCUUGUAUACUGUAUGAGCAUUUAAAGGCAGACUCUUACCAGUGCAGUGUGGGUGCAAAGAAGCAGCCCAACAAGGAAUUCCAGUUCGUCUGGAAUUCCAUUAAUGAGUGGCGAUUUGGGAGAAUUACUUGUAAGCACAGCUUGCUGGGAAGGGGCGAGAGGGUGUUUUUACAGGAGGGAGUGCUGAGAAGGAAAGCCCCCACACAACCUCAUCCGGCUGCCUUCUCCUCAUCCGGUGGCACCUUCUGUGAGCAUGACUUGGCUGUAGGGUUUCCAGUGUGCGUGCACGGCCUGGGGUCUACUGCUAGGGAUGGAGUAUUUGUGUAACAUUACCAGAUGGGUGUUCAAAGGUAGCACAGGACUUUGCUCCAGACAAAACUGUACUUCCAUUGUGCAGUCUUACAGGUUGGUUCUUGCUUUCUACCAGGUGAAAGUGACUAUGUUAUGCAGAUUUCUAAAGGCUUAAGAUAGAGAGCAGAACAGCCUGGUUCCGGAAAUCCUUGUGAACAGGGAAGAGGAGGCCCUGAGGUGUGGCAGUGUCUCCUUGAUUCCCCACAAUGUAUCCUGUGGUGGAGUGUGUACUGUUGGCUCUUGGGGUCACAGACGGUGUUCCUCUCUAACUGGGAUGUCCAAGGGCAGAGCGAGGGGGAACUGUGCCUGGUGCAUGUGUGCACCCUGCGCCCCUGCUGCGGUGGCGCCUGCCUCUGGAGCGCUACGCCACUUGCGUCAGUAAACAGGAGGUGUUCCAGGCCCCAUCCAAUGCAUCCUGCAGAAGAUUCCGGCAGUUGUCAGAGAGAAGGUGGGGGCUGAGCACCAGUCAGUGGAAUUUAUACUUUCUGGCUGGUUUGAGGUUGAUGUAUGUCUUCUUCAUCUCUUCGCCCUCCGGCUUCCUGAGGUCCUUGUAUCUCUCCCCUUUGGUGCUGACUACCUGGUUGUCGAUGUAGCGAAUCAACUUCUUGGGAGCCUGGGGAGAAAAAAAAGGAAACUGAGGCCACUCAGUGAGGCUGUUGAACCCUUGUUCCCCACGGGACUGGAAUAGUUCUUGAACUGUGGGUUGCCACAAUUUAAAGGCCAAUGCAGGGAUCUGCCCUUGGAGGUUGGCUGUUGCACCUCCUCAAGGUUUACUGGACAUGAGACUGGUACCCCGUUUCUGCUGGGCAAUUCUGGUGCAUCUCUUGAGUCAACUCUGAUUGCAUGAUUCAGUCCCCUAGAAGGCAGAGACACAGAAGGAAACUACCCCGAGAGGCCACCUGAAGCAAGAGGUUUUGCCCAACCUUUCACAGUGGCUUCUCAGUCAGUGGCAAGUGGAAAGCUGGCUUGGACUGGCUGGAGCGCUGAUGCUCCCUUGACCAAAUGCUUAUAUGUAGAACAGAACAGCAAUUCCGACACCCGAAGGCAUCUCUGCUGUUACUGGAGAAGCCACUUUGACUUCUGCCAGGGAUGUGUUAUGCCACCAGCCAACGUGUGCACCACUAUGUGACCUUUUACACUCCUCUACUGGCCAGUACAGCUGCUGUGCCCUUCUAGGGGCAAGCCCCCCUUCGAGACAGCCUGCAGCCCCUGGGGAGCCUUUUUUUCUGGGUUUGAGGCUGCUGCAGUGCUCAGUUCCCGUCCCUCUCCUGGGCUCGUGCUACUGACCUCCUUUGGUGGGGCUGGCUUGUGUGUCUUCUGGUCUUCUUCACUAUCCACCAUCAUGUACCUGCAACAACACAGAGCAAGGCCAUCUCUGAGCGCCAGCAAGUGUUCUUAGCAGGGUGCGUGCUUGCAUGCUUACCAGGGAAGGGCUUCUUUCCUUGCUGCUGAGAAGCUCUGUCUUUCUCCCUGCACAAAGGUCUCUGGCUCCAGCGCAGGUCAGGGACACGGGGGGCGGGGGGGCAGCAGCAGCUCCUUUUCUCACCAGCUUUAAUUUUGUUGUCAUUCACAUUUUUAAAAAAGUUGACGAGGGCCCUGUGCAUCCCCUGGCUGGGGCAAAGGGGACUGGCCUUCCCAUGUAACACCUGUGUCUACCACUCAUUCUUUGGCAGGAGGAAGCGUUGCUAGCAAAAGUCUUAGCCACAGGAGACCAGGGCAGUUUUGCUGUCUUGUGCUCCACUGGAGAGUAGCUCUAGGACCCUCCUUCUUUCUCUAGGCUGUGAGUGGAAGGGAGAUGAAUGCAAGAUGUGUCUUGAAUUCAAAUCCAUUACAGUUGAAAAAUCAAACAUGACAUUUUGAAUUGAGAUUUUUGAAUCUGGUCAAGACUUGAAACUGGCUACCUGUAUUUCAACUUCAGCUUCUGUGCUAAGAAAUACAGAACUAAUUUCUGGCCCCUUGGUUUAAAAAAAUCUAUCUGAUAGCUAAGAGUUUAUUAAAAAUUUCAAACUAUCAACACAAUAGUAAAAAAAAAAAGACUAACAAGGCCAGCAAAGUCCCUUAAAUCAUCACAAAAAGUAUCCAUGGCAAUGCUCAAAUUAUCCUAACCAUAAUAAAAGGCUAAAGGAUGGAAUGUCACAGCACCAAACCCUCCCCCAAUGGGCGAGCAGGACUCACCCACUGGUGGCUGACAUUCCACCCCCUCCCCUGCUUGACGUUGGAUCCCUCCCACCCCCCAGAAGCCCACCCUGCCAGCAGAGCAGCGGCACCUUGCUGCAUGCUGCUCUGCCGGCCAGCAAAGCCCUCCUGCCUCCCCCCGCAAGCAUCCUCAUUCCACCCUCCCCAUCCAAGCCUCACCUUCCCACCCUAUCACCCACCUGCCCCAAUCCUCAACUUCUCACCUACCCCAAGCCACACCUUUCUCACCUCUCCUAUCCCCAAGCCACAGACUCACCCCCAGGUAGGUGGAAAGGGUUGCGCUAGGAGCACUGGGGUGGGGGGCAGCAGCGCUUCGGCCCCAGUUAAACCCAUUGCUGGGGAAGAUGUACCUCCCCUGCAAUGGGCUUUGCUGCGGGUAAAUUGAUAAAGCCUCCCGUAUCACAUUUGCCUGAUGCCUGAAGGCCGCCGGCCAGGCUGAUCUCCCAGGAGGCAGUUCCGCCAUCUUGGAGUCAAGCCCAGCGCCUGGUGUUUGAAGGCAGAACAAAGCAGUCUUGUUCAAGAACACAUUUGCUGGAAAUACACACUUGGUUGUAUGGGGUGCUUGGGAGAGUGUGUGGCGAGAUACUGAAUUCUUUCUUUUAUCUUGCUAUUCCCUUCAUUUGUAACCUUGAGUCAGGCUUCCAAAAAUAUGUAUCAAAAUUAGGUGUAGAAACAAACAUCUGAAACAUACAGAACAGCCCAAAGAACACGAGGCUCUUUCAGACAUGUGUCAGAUGUUGUUUAUACACAUAUUUUUGGAAGCCUGACUCAAGGUUACAAAUGAAGGGAAUAGCAAGAUAAAUGUUUUAAUGAAGAGCAUAAAAUAAACCACUGUGGAAAAGGCCCCGUGCACCAAAUUACCCACACAAGCGAGGGCAGGUGGGCCUCUGAGGAGGAUUUUAGUGUACAUGUAGGAUCAUAAAAGAGCAGGAAGGAAGCCUUUGAGGUGUUUUGGAUGUAGACUGUUUAGAUUUGUAGCAGAUAAAAUUUGCACUUUGAACUGGGGCCAGAAACUCAGUGGUAGACAGUGCAAACACAGAGAUCCUGUUACACAUUCUGAACAACCUGGCAGCUGCGUUCACAACCAACCUUUCAAAAAGCGCAUACUUCAAUAAUCAAGCCUGGAUCUGGCUGAAGCUUAAGUUAUGGUGGUUGGAUCAUCAUUUUCAAAGGGAAGGCAUGGCUGCAAUCCACCCUUAGCUGUUUAAACAUCUUCCAUUGAAAGGUAGAAAUGAGACCAACAGUUUGGACUACAAUGGCCAGCUUGGCUUUGGGAUGGAUAUUUGUGGUUUGUUACUUACUUCUGUAAGAUAAACUGCUUGCAUUCAUCUUGCUUGCAUGAUUUGCCAGGUCUUGAAGCUUCCUGUAAUUAGAAAGCAGAACAUGCAGAAGUCAGGUGAAAAGGAAAGAUGCCAUGAAGUCACAGAUUUAUUUCCUGUAUUAUAUACUAACAGCCAGAGACUGGCUUAACACUGGACCAGAACUGCCCCAAGCCGACACUGGACUAGACUGCAUGCAAGGCCCUGGCUCUGUUACAGAGAUGGCUUUCAAAACAGUCCUGUAUUAGAAUAAUGGGGUGGGGGCUGGUGUAAAGCCGUAGGCAUAAGAGGUGCCUCAGAACAUUCCCCCCCCCCCCCCGGUCUCUUUCAUGCCCCUCUAAGUGAUUGGACAGUCACCCUUUCAGAAGUCUGCAGAAGAGAGUGCAUCUCUAUGCCCAACCUGUAGAGUCCUCACAGUGCCAACUUUGCACCCUCGGCCUUCCCCUCCUGCCAUCCUGAUCUGCCUCUUUUUCCUGCUAGGCUGAUGUUACCCAACAGGUGAAGAUUGAUGGAUUUUCUGACUUAAACAGGAUGUGUGUGCUCGAUUCCAUUAUUGCUCUCAGUGCUCAUUCCCACAUUCUGCAUCCAAACUCCUUCCUGAACCUUAAAGCCCUCCCAAGGCAAUGAAGUGCAGAUGCUCGCCUCGCCUCUUGGCUUGGUUUGAUUUUCAAUCACAAGGCAGCAGAAACCUUUCGGGUGUGCCAUCAAUGUACCCUCUCCCGUGCACUACAGGAUUGUGAAUACAGAAAAGUACAUUUCCUGACUGAAAUCUCCUAUGCUUUCUAUAUUUCCCUUAUAGGUGGACAUCAGGGCUUAUUCUGUCUCUUUCACCUCUAAUGCUGGAUGACAAAAAGAUUUCCCACUCUGGCCUGGCCCUUCCAGCUCACCUGAAGAAUCAUACCUGCAUGGUAGUGGUGCCCGCCAUGCCAAGCGGCUCCUCCUCCAGGAGGAAUUGCACUGCCUCUUCCAGGUUCCCCAGGGCCAUGCCCAGCACCUUUGUAGCCUUGCUCACGGUGCAUGCUGGGAACAUCUCCAGCACCAUGUCCACAGCAUCAACUAGUUCGCCUUGAGGGUCCUACCCAGGGCAAGACAAGGGCAGCAUGAGCCCAGAAAGCAGCAGAUGCACCUUCUGGAAAGCCCCCCCCCCCCCCCCCCUGCAAGUGACUACCACGAAUGGGUGAUUCUUCUUCUGGGGCUUAAAUGAAGGCUGACUUAGGGGCAGGUGCCAUGAGCAGGCGUUUUCAAGGGUCAGUGGAGUGCCUGCAGAAGGGGAGAGCAAAAGGUUCCACUCGGAGGGAGCCUGGAGGUGUUUGUCCUGGCGCCUUUGGUAGCUGGAUCUGAUCUCCCCUUAGGCAAGGGUGCUGCGAAGAGCUGCCAGCUGGCCUGGCGGCAACAAGCAGUGCUCAGUGCAAAUAAAAUUAACCUCCCCCACGACGGGCAUUUGGAUGGGGCAGGGGUGCUUGCGUGUGAGAGCACAGCAGCAGCCCUGCUGCUCUUGGCUUGCUGGAAUGAGCCCGGCCCACAGGGCUGCUCACCGGCAGUCUGAGGGACUCACUGGAUGGUCCCGUCCGUUUCCUUGAUGGAACUAAUUAAGUUCCAAGAGGAUUCAAGAAUAUUAAUAACAAUCGUUAUUCUGUUUGCAGGAUUAAUUUCUGGCUUAUUUCAUAUUUUUUCAGACUUAUUUUCCAGCUCUGGUGUUCAUUCCUGUUCUCUGGACCCAGUUCUGAAAAAUAGUUCAGUCCUGCUGUGCCGCAGCUGCUUAAAUGUUGUUUUCGAAAACAUCCAUUCUCUCAGAUUUACUCAUAGGGCUUCAAGCCUUUAAAAAGCGAAACAGAACAGACUGAUGGUGCUUGGCCCCCCCUCCCCCCACGGACCCAAAACAGUUCUCAAAGAGGGUAUUCAAAGUCUAUAAGCCCCACCCACCUCACAGGGUGUUUGUUGUUGGGAGGGGGGAAGGGCAAGGAGAUUGUAAGCCCCUUUGAGUUUCCUGGAGGAGAGAAAGAGGGGAUAGAAGUCCAAACUCCUCCUCUUCUUCUUCUAUAUUUUGGCCCCCCCCCCCCCCCCCAAUUAUUAUACAUGACAAAUUAUGGGUCAGGAAUCCUGUGUCUUCUUUCUGAUGGACAAAUUGUUCUCCAUUAGAAAAUGGUUUGGUGGAUACAACUCAAAAUCUUUUAAACCAAAAAAUGAGAAACAGUCUAUCAUAUGAUCUCUGAGUAUGCAAAUCAAUUUAACUGCCAGUAGAAUUAGCUAGACAAGGCAAGGUAGGAAUCGUCAUAGUCUCUGACAACACAUUUUCUCAGUCACUUAGUAUGAUCUUGAGAAAACCAGAGGCCAACCUUGGAGGAACACUUUUCCUUUGGGAAAGGAGGAAAGGGGUGCACAGCGGGGGACAUCGGCUGCUGCCUGGCAUGGGAAUGUUAGGACCAGCAAAAGCACUCUGGAGCGCACCUGUUUGUUUACCCUGAUGCAAUAAACUGAUUUCGAUA